CUCUCGGCACGUCAACACAUUCGCGUUGUUGUACAUUAAACACCAGGUUUGUUGUACAUUAAGCCCCAGGUUUGUAAACCCCAGGUUUGUUGUACAUUAAACCCCAGGUUUGUUGUGUUGUCGUUAACGCUAUCGACAAAUGCGUGCAUAAUAAAUUAACUUUUACGUUGAGUUAUGCUUUUGUUUACGUGAGGUAACUACAGUUAUGGUAAGCCGCGCUCGACCCCCGCGGGCUGAGGGCCUGACCCCUCCAGACCCCUCAAGACCCCCUCGAUUCUGCGUUACAAUCCACACCCAGCGGCAGCAGCAGUAGCAGCUGCACACACCGUGAGAUGAUCCUCGUCAUCGCUCCGUCUCCACGGGGCUCGUUCCCUCGGCCGCGUUACUCCGCGUGAAAGCAUGAGUAUCGGAGAUUCAGCCACCAGAGCUGCGGGGCCAUUCCUGCUGCCGCACGGAAACUUCGUGGUGUUGUUCACAACAGCCACAACAGCCACCGGACAGGGAGAGCGACUAUCCCUCGAGGUUCAAGCAGCCAAGUUCGACCCAGGGACCCAUGUCUUCAAAUGGAGCUCAGCCGGGCCUCGCUGGGUGGCCCCAAGCCGGACUCGAACCCUAGACGUGUUGUUCUGCGGCCGCUCGCCAGUUCGGGGGGCGGUGCGAUCGUGCGUGCUGCUGCAUGUGCAGCAGCUCCCAGUCGUCACUGACGACGACGAUGUUGACGAGGUGGACAAUGCUGAAAGGAGAAUGGGGAUCAGGAGGAGGUGUCGGUCCUACGUGGUGCUGUCACUCGAGACCGGGAGAUGCAGCCCACACCCUGACCACUUUGAGACGAGGUUGGAGUUUGACUCGCCGUCGGGGCCACGUGGUGCCGACGUGGCGUUGGUAAAUGGCUCUACGGUUGUGUGGUGGCGUGAUGGGCAAAUCUACGUGGCCACUGCCACCAGCAGCACCAGCAGCACCAGCAGCAAUGUGAUUGUGCAGACGUUUGAGCUGCUGUCAACGAUGGAUGUGUUUUGGGUUGGCGAGUUUUAUGGGCAGCUCACAGCUCUGGGCCGCACGUCAAGCAGCAGCAGCAGGAGCAUCAUCAGCAGCAAUGACUGGGUCUUAUCAGCAGAGUGGAUCUCUGUGCCUCUGCAGAAGACCUCUUCACUGCCACCAUCGGUACCGCCAUCUCUGCCUGUGCCCCACGAAUACGCAGGCGUCACUCGCUGCCUGUGGACGUCUGACCGCCAGGACGGGCUGGCAAUGGUGGCCGCAAAGGGUGAUGAUGUUGAUGCUCGUGAUUGUGAUGCUAUGGUGGUGGUGGUGAUAGCCACCAGCGCGGGACAGCUGCUGGAGUUUGCCAGCGGUGGGAAAGCGCCGCGCAUGUGUGCCUUGCCGUUCGGCGAUGCGAGAGGGAUUUUUGAGAUGCGGAGCGGCUGGUGUGGAGAUGGAGCGCUGCUCGUGCGGUCGGAGGGCGGGGGCAUGUGCGCCGUUUGGCGGGAGACGUUUCAGGUGGCCGCUUGCUGGGAGGGCGUGAGGGCCGUGCUUGUGGGAGACUUUGCUGGCACAGGGUGCGACCAGGCCAUGCUGCUGCACGGCGAUUCCGCACCAAGAAAUCCACUCCAGGAAUUCACUAUCACCGACCUGGGCCCCAUCGCUUACACGAGUGUGGAAAGCGUGGAGGAUGUGAAGGAGGAGGCGAUGGAGGAGUCCUCGUUGGAGAAGUGUGAGCAGAUGGUGCAAGUUCUGGAGACAAGACUGCAGGUCGGGCUGUCGGAGCUGCGGGAGCUACAGCUGCUGUCGCAGGAGAAGCAGCGCGUGAUCGCACGGGCAGCCGGUGCCGUCGCCGCCAUUCCGGACGGCGCUCCCACGCCGAGCCUCGCCGCGGUGCCGUCAGGGUUGGUGUCGAUGUUUGACGAUGAAGUGGGGAACGAAGACCGUGUCCUUGAAGAUGUUUUACAAGAGCCGGCUGUUGCUCUGACCGUCCGGGUGGAACAAAUCUGGCAGCGCGUGAUUGAUGAUUCCUGGGUCAUCGGCGUUGACCUGGAGUGGACGAAUGAACGCUGCCCCCGUCACCUCCGGCUGCUCCUCCUCGAUGAAUCCUCCUCUCCACACUCUCCACGCUGCAUCCUCUCCUCGCGUUGUCUCCCCCUGCACCCUCCUGACGACGCCGCCGUCGUCCCCCCGUUCAUCCAGCCCCCGUCUUCCGGGGCCCCUGGUCUCCGCUCACCGCCAGCUAAAAGGAGCCAAGUCCCCGACUCUCGGCGAAUCCGGGGCGAAGCCUACGCUUGACCGGUAUAGUUGGUGCUCCGAAUGAGAAUUUUGAGAUUUUUGAGUUGAUUAUUGCUAUAGAUUUGACACUGCAUGAGUGAAAUGUAUGUUAAGAAGUAAACCCGAAUGCUGCCUUGAAGUCACGGGUAAUUUUGAAAAAUGCUUCUUCUCAGCCUAUAAGAUUUGGCAGUUCACCAGGAAUGAUUAAAGUAAAUCAGACAGCUGAUGGGCCAUGUAUUAAUCACAGCUUUUCUCACUUUCACCGCUGACUUAAUUGAUUGCAUCUGCUCCACGUUUCGCCGUCUCAUUAGCGGUAGCGGCUUCGGCGGCUCUGUCGUGGCUGUGACUCCGCUCCCCGUGUUCACGGGCGUCGGUGAGCGAGGAGGAGGAGGAGAAGUUGCCAGUCGCUUGUUGCUGCUGGCACUCGAUGCCGAUGGAGGAGGAGGCGGCGACGACGACGACGAUGAUGGUCGGAGCGGCGCGAUACGGGAGUCGGUCGAGGGAGACGCCACCAAGGCCUGGACGUGCGGCGUCGUGACCCUCGGCUGCUCGCGACGUCUCCGACGGGAAGUUCGCCCCGCGGCUCUUUGAGCAAGAGGACUUGACGCAAGACGAGGCCGCCCACGACGUUCAGGCCCUGUCGGCCGCCCGGCCGUGGGGCUCCCUGUCCCUGCACUCUCGCGACGUUGCUCUCGCCGGCGCCCUCUCCUCCCUGGUCUCCACGCUCGGCCGCGCCAUUCCUGCGACACCUCCGUCCGUCUCCGCGGCGGCGGCAGCAGCAGCAGCUUCCGCAUCAUCGUCUCGGCCCACGCUCAUUCUGACUUCUCAGCGGCGCCACGGGCCGCUCAGAGACACGGCCGUGCUGUGGACCCAGAAGGGACCCUUCGAUGCUCGUUUAGAGUUCAUUGCUCGGUGAGCUGUCUUAAGGCACCACGGUGGUGUGAUGUUAACAGCCUCGCUUGGUAUACAGGAGGUCAUGGGUUUGAUCCCGACCAUGGCACCUAUAUAUUUGGAGUUUGCAUGUUCUUCGUGGUCGCGUGGAUUUUUCUCCAAGUUCUGCGUUUUUUCCCUCCACAAUUAGAAACGUGCGUUUCGAGUAUUUGGCUGCUUUAAAUUUCCACAUGCUGAUAAGCCACUUCGUUGAGCUAUCAUUUGUGGCCAGGUCGCUUCUAAUAAAGAGCUCUAUAGCUCAGUGUCAUGCCAAUAGAGUGAUUUGCGGGUAUUUUUUCAGAAUUGGGAUGCUGGCCAAUACCAGUUAAAACAUUUACAUUUUUUAGCAAUGAGAGCAAAC